UACAAAUCAAACUCAAGUAAAACUGACAGGCGGAAACAGGGUACUACUAGUACUAGCAGCCCAUCGUCAUUGGAUCACGCGCGCAUACCAGAUAACCAGUAGUCAUCGGAUAAUAAAAAGUAAACAACAACAACAACCCGACGGUGGGCCUGGGAUCACACACGCAAAGUACGUACGCAACGCGACGUGUUGGAGGUCAAGCCCUGCGUCUCUUUCUCAAUCUCACCUGCUCCAAACCUCGAGCUGCACAGCUCAAUUCUUGUAUGUUUUCAUUUUCCCCGGUUGUAAUAUUCUGUUUAUUAUAUAAUCUCUCACCUUCACUCUCAUACCAUUGUCAGUUGCCACCCACUUCUAUAAAAUCUGCCCCGUGCUUUUGUGUGCGAGUACUCCAACUAGAGAACGGACACGCCGCACCUCGCUCUCCUCCCGGCCGGGUUGCCAGGAGCCGAUCGAUCGAUGCAGCCGUCGUCUUCCAGGGCGAGAUCCAGGUCCUGGGGUUCCGGGCCGUGGACCACUACUCCUCCUCCGCCUCUGUCUCCUUCUCCCAGGCAGAUGAAGCCUCGGCACGAGCGCAGCAGGUCCACCACCUCCACGUACGCGCCACUCGUCUCCCAGCAGCAAGGUCAGGCUCAGGCCGGCGGCGACGCCAACGCCAACGUGACGGAGGAGCAGGAGGAGGAGGUGGUGGUGGCGCUGGCGCAGCCGGACGAGAGCGCCCGGCCGACGACGACGGCGGAGAUGGAGGAUACGUCAACGCGGGUGAGCGACGGCGCCGCCGCGGCGAAUAAGGAGCGCGUGCGGCUCCUGGAGAGAGAGGCGGCGUCGGCCAAGCAGCGGGAGAUGAAGAUGCUGGAGUCGCUGGUCCAGCAGACCAAGGAGCUGGAGCAGGCCAAGAUCGCGCUCGAGGAGGCCAGGCUCGAGGUCGCCGCGCUCCGACACCAACAACAGCAGGGCGAGUCCGCCGCCGAGCCGGCCGCGCAGCCGCAGCAGCAGCAGUGGAGCGUGAUGGACCUCAUGUUCGGCGGCGUGGACGAGGAGAUCAACGGACUCCGCGCCAGGCUCCGCGCGUCGGCGCAGGCGGAGGAGCGGAGCCGGAAGGCGGCGGACGAGCUGACCGCGGCGCUGUCCGCGGUCACCAUGGAGGCGAAGCAGGUGAAAGCCUGGCUCAUCGACGCGCGGGACGAGGCGGAGGCGGCCCACGCCGAGCGGGACCGGCUCCGCGGCCUCCUCCAGGGCGCCGAGGCGGAGCUGUGGUCGGCGACCGAGCGCGUCGGCGCGCUCACCUCCGACUGGAAGGACGCCGCGGCCGGGUGGCGCGCCAGGGAGAAGGCGCUGCUGGCGCGCGCGCGCAGAGCCGAGGAGGACGCCGCCGUUUCGCGGAGGGAGAGCGCCGCCGGACUCGCCGCGCUCGGCGACGACAACGCCGCGCUGCGGCGCGCGCUCGAGCAGGCCGUCGAGGAGGCUAACGUGGCCGCCGAGGCGCUGGAGGUUGCCACCGGCGACAGCGCUGGCUUGCAGGAGGCCGUCGCGGAGAAAGAGCGCGCCAUGGAGGACCUGCGGCGGGAGAACGAGGCACUCAGGGCCAGCGAGGCCGCCGCCAGGGAGCGCGCCGAGGAGCUCCAGGGCCAGCUCGCGGCGGCGAGGAAAGAGCGGGAGGUCCCGCUGGUGGAGAAGUGGAGGCGCGAAGACGCGCAGGGGAAGCUGAGCGCGGCGUUCCUGGACACCGGGAGGCUGGGCCGGAAGGACCGGAUGUUCGCGUCGCUGAGCAACCUCGCGGAGCUCAAGUCGGCGGCGGCGGCCGCGGCGGCCAUGGACGACUACGGCUACGAGUUCGACCACCUCGACGUGGCGGGCCAGUACGGCGACGACGCCACGGAGCACGACGGCAUGAAGCAGCACAAGAUCAAGCAGAGGCGGUCGAUCCUGCGCAAGUUCGGGGAUCUCUUCAGGAGGAGGAGCCUCUACAAGCCUAACCUCGCGCCGGUGCUGCAUAACCAUUACUAGAAGCCGUCGACGACGACGUAGAAGAACCUAGACAGGCCAGGCCGCCAUAGCCAUAGAUGCUCGAUCGCGAGGUCGACGAUGCUUGCUUGCUUUGACGAUGUAGCAGGAGGUUGCAUGGAGAUUAUGCUGUGUUGUUCAUAUGCUCAGGAUGGAUCAGUAUUUUGGUGGUGAUGAUUUUUAGUUAUGCGUGUCGAUUACUCGAA